GCAGAGUAGCAUUAGGUCAGACUGUGUUGGACAGAACCUGGGGAAGAACUACCCUAGUUAUUCUGGUAUUACCCUGUUCCAGACGUGGGACGGCUCUCUCUCCCUCUCUCUUUCUCUCUCUACCCCACCGUCAGGCUGCUAUUAAAGAGAGCUGCUGGGACUACUGAAUACAAUGCAUCGCCCGCACCCAGGAAUCAAGCCGGAAUCUCAGUCCCAGCACUCGGUCCAAUCUCUGCCUCCUGUAACAUCUGUGUACCUAUCGACUGCAAGUAAGUCCUCAGCACUGUGUAGGUGUCAGGCAGCUAUGGCGGCUUUCAAAGGAAUAUGGACACAACAGUUCUGGAGAGCGGUUUCUGGGGAAUUUCUGGCGACACUCAUCUUUGUCCUUCUCGGCCUGGGCUCUACAAUCUCUUGGGGAGAUGAAAAUGCACCUUUGGACAUUGUCCUCAUCGCUCUAUGUUUCGGACUUAGCAUCGCGACCAUGGUGCAGUGCUUUGGUCACAUCAGUGGGGGUCACGUGAACCCAGUGGUAACUGCUGCCAUGGUGUGCACAAGGAAGCUAAGCCUGGCCAAGGGAAUCUUCUACAUCAUCGGGCAGUGCCUGGGUGCCAUAUCUGGUGCUGGGAUCCUCUACCUGAUCACGCCAUCCCAUGUUGCGGGUGAACUGGGAGUAACCAAGGACAGCUGGCACAACAUGUCAAGACCCUUGCUGACCAGGUCUCCUGUAUCUCCGCUGACUAAUCAGGGAAUCCCAACACCAGCACAGCUCACUAAAUCCAAUGCCCCAGUGCACAUUGAUGUGGGAGGUCACAUGUAUACCAGUAGCUUGGCAACGCUAACUAAGUUUUCUGACUCAAGAAUUGGUCGUCUCUUUGAUGGAACUGAGCCCAUUGUCCUGGACAGCCUGAAGCAACAUUACUUCAUUGACAGAGACGGUCAGAUGUUUCGUUACAUUUUAAACUUUCUGCGCACUUCAAAGCUCCUUAUUCCUGACGAUUUCAAAGAUUACAGCUUGUUAUUCGAAGAGGCCAAAUAUUUCCAGUUGCAGCCCAUGCUGAUCGAACUGGAGCGCUGGAAACAGGAGAGGGAGCUGGGCCGGGUCUCGAGGCCGUGCGAGUGUCUGGUGGUGCGGGUGGCCCCUGACUUAGGGGAGCGGAUCACUCUGAGCGGAGACAAGGCCCUGAUCGAAGAGGUGUUCCCGGAAAUUGGGGAUGUGAUGUGUAACUCAAUUAAUGCUGGCUGGAAUCAUGACUCAACGCACGUCAUCCGAUUCCCCCUCAAUGGCUACUGCCACCUCAACUCUGUUCAGGUCCUGGAACGAUUACAGCUGAAGGGAUUUGAAAUUGUCGGAUCCAGCGGCGGUGGAGUUGACUCCUCCCAGUUUAGUGAAUACGUACUAAGGCGGGAAAUCAAGCGACUAUCCCGUGUACCACCUGUCAUUCGAAUAAAACAGGAACCCCUGGACUGAACUGACAUACUUGUCGCGAGAGAGAGAGAGAGCAAAAAUUCAAAAAAAAAUUUUAAAAAAUAAAUACAUUUUAAAAAAACACAUUAUCCAUGCAUUUGGUUAAAGAUGUUGACUGUUGGUUCCCAAACUAAAUGUUGGAUGAUGCACUAUUUUCCGAGACUGCAUCUAAAUCCACAUUUGAAACUUGUGGGAUAUCCACGAAAUAUUUAUCGGUUUGUUGGAAGGAGGUUUUUUUUUUGGUUCCUGGAAGCGAAUUGGCAACAUUUCUCUCCUCGUCCCUCCACCCAGCGCUCCCCCCACCAAAAAAAUCAAAAGCUUUUGCAUUGAUGCAAUUCAUUCCCAAAACUUUUCCCUUUUGAUUUUUCUCUUUUGUCAUUCAGACAACUUCGGAAUAUGGUUACUGUGUGUUCAAGCAGAGAGGAAAACUGAUAAAUAAAUCUCAGGCACAUCAGCCCAUAUGAAGCAGGGACGGGUCUAAGAUCCAUGGGUCACGUGGCGAGGUUCAAGUGAACAUGGCUAGUUGAGGCCAUGAUCCAAUCAGCCUUGAUUAUAGUAUGUAGCAGGCCAGACUCAAAGGGCUGAAUGGCCUCUUCCUGCUCCAAUCUCUGGUGUGCUUGUGCGUUUUAUUUCCACAGCUGUACUAAUAAUGCUUUCUGUGCCUGAGGGAAACAUCUAGGGUAAAUGUCAUCUUGAGAAAAUAUCACCGACUUCAUCCAGGUCUCAGAUUUAACUGCUCAAGGGCAGUGCUGCACUCUCCUUGCUAAUAGCAGCUCCCAGUUUA